AUGUCUCACAGAGAGGACAGGUCUCACAGAGAGGACAUGUCUCACAGAGAGGACAUGUCUCACAGAGAGGACAUGUCUCACAGAGAGGACAGGUCUCACAGAGAGGACAUGUCUCACAGAGAGGACACAGAGAGGACAUGUCUCACAGAGAGGACAUGUCUCACAGAGAGGACAGGUCUCACAGAGAGGACAGGUCUCACAGAGAGGACACAGAGAGGACAUGUCUCACAGAGAGGACAGGUCUCACAGAGAGGACAGGUCUCACAGAGAGGACACAGAGAGGACAUGUCUCACAGAGAGGACAGGUCUCACAGAGAGGACAGGUCUCACAGAGAGGACAUGUCUCACAGAGAGGACAGGUCUCACAGAGAGGACAUGUCUCACAGAGAGGACAGGUCUCAAAGAGAGGACAUGUCUCACAGAGAGGACAUGUCUCACAGAGAGGACAUGUCUCACAGAGAGGACAGGUCUCACAGAGAGGACAUGUCUCACAGAGAGGACAGGUCUCACAGAGAGGACAGGUCUCACAGAGAGGACAUGUCUCACAGAGAGGACAUGUCUCACAGAGAGGACAUGUCUCACAGAGAGGACAGGUCUCACAGGGAGGACAUGUCUCACAGAGAGGACAGGUCUCACAGAGAGGACACAGAGAGGACAUGUCUCACAGAGAGGACAGGUCUCACAGAGAGGACAGUGGAUGUCUAUGUCUCAGUGGAUGUCUAUGUCUCAGUGGAUGUUGUGCAGACGUCCAUCUUUAGUCCAAACCAGCAGAGCAGUAGGACCAUCAUCACAGAUCUGAUGUGUGAAACCAGCAGAGCAGUAGGACCAUCAUCACAGAUCUGA